AUGGCAGAGUCAGUUGCAUGCUUUGUGAUCGAGAAACUAGUUUCACUACUCAUCAGCACAGAAGCAAAACUUUCUAGAGACGUACGCAAAGAAGUUGGUUGCAUAAGAGAUGAGCUCGAGAGCAUCCAGUCAUUCCUCAAGGAUGCAGAUGCUAAGGCCGCAGUAGAAGGAGAGAUGGAUGACAGUAUCAAAACUUGGGUUAGACAAGUAAGGGAGGCAGCUUCUUUGCGAUCAGUAAAAUCGAAGAAGGGAAAAACAUUAGAAGAGGUUGGAGAGGAAUACCUGACUGAGCUAAUCCACAGAAGCUUGGUUCAAGUGUCAAGAGUUUACACUGAUGGGAAAGCUAGAAGCUGUCGAGUUCAUGAUCUGUUGCGUGAAAUCCUCCUUAGAAAGGGCAUGGAGUCGAGUUUCUGUCACAUGUUAUCUGAACAUGAGUCAAAUUUCACAUCAGUAACUCCACGUCUCUCCAUAGACAGCAGUCCCUCUGAUGCCUUGAGAAGCAUUGAACAAUUACUUAUUCGUUCGCAAAAGGGGUAUGUGGUUGUUUUUGAUGACAUAUGGAAAGUAGAUUUUUGGGGAGCUCUAGAACAUGCUUUACCAGAUGAUAAAGCUGGAAGAAUAAUGAUCACUACUAGGAUCCAAGAUGUUGCUGACUUUUGCAACAUCUUGGAUCCUAGUAGUGAUCAGAAGAUUAAUUAG